UGCAGUAACAACAACCCCUACGCCUCCUUUGGAGCCACGCUGGCACGGGAUGAGGAGCAGAACCUGUGGAGCACCCCGCACGACGUGACCCACACAGAGGCGGAUGACGACCGGGUGCUGUACAACAUGAUCGUGGUCAGGAACCAGCUGGACAAGGACUCGGAGGAAUGGCAAAAGCUCAACUAUGAUAUUUAUACCUUACGGCAGACCCGAAAAGAAGUGAGAAGCAGGUGGAAACACAUUUUGGAGGAUUUAGGUUUCCAGAAGGAAGCGGACUCCCUCUUGUCCGUGACCAAACUCAGCAUCAUCAGCGACUCCCAGAACAUGGGCAAAGCCCGGGACAUCCUGUUAAAGCUCUCUGAAGAGACAAACAUCUUCCCGACCAGCUGGGAGCUUUCUGAGCGCUACCUCUUCGUGGUGGAUCGGCUCAUAGCUCUGGAUGCUGCGGAUGAGUUCUUCCGGAUGGCCAGCCUCGUGUAUCCAAAGAGACCCA